GUUUCCGGGCAUCGUCACGGUCACAGUGAAUCCGACAUGGCGGCUCACAUGUCCAGCUUCAGGUGUUGGAGCCGCGUUCAGAGGUUUGGCGUUGCUGCCUGUAGGCAGUACAGCAGUAGCAGUGGAUACCCCAGUGUCUCUCUGUCCACACCGCUACCCGGUAUCCCCAAGCCUCUGUUUGCUUCAGUUGAUGGGCAGGAGAAACACGAGACUAGAAUCACCACUUUAGAGAACGGCCUCCGAGUUGCAUCUCAAAACAAAUUUGGACAAUUCUGCACAGUUGGUAUUUUGGUAAAUUCAGGUUCUCGCCAUGAAGCCAAGUAUCCCAGUGGGAUUGCACACUUUUUGGAAAAGCUUGCUUUUUCUUCUACAUCCCAGUAUGGAAGUAAAGAUGAAAUUCUCCUGUCAUUGGAAAAACAUGGAGGGAUCUGUGACUGCCAGACAUCCAGGGACACAACAAUGUAUGCAGUCUCAGCUGAAGUAAAGGGCCUGGACACUGUGGUUAGCCUGUUGUCAGAUGCUGUUCUGCAGCCACGUUUAUUAGAUGAGGAAAUUGAGAUGACCCGCAUGACUGUGAAGUUUGAGUUGGAAGAUUUGAAUAUGAGACCCGAUCCGGAGCCUCUGUUGACCGAAAUGAUCCAUGCAGCAGCAUAUCGAGGGAACACAGUAGGUUUGCCUCGUUUCUGCCCUGCUGAGAACGUAGACAAGAUUGACCGGAAGCUGCUCCAUACAUACCUCCGGAGCUACUACUGCCCAGAGCGCAUGGUGCUGGCAGGUGUGGGGAUCGAGCAUGAGCAGCUGGUAGAGUGUGCCAGGAAGUACCUUCUGAAUGUGAAGCCAGUGUGGGGCACGAGCACACCUGAGAAAGUGGACCGAUCUGUGGCUCAGUACACAGGAGGCAUCAUAAAGAUAGAGAAGGAUAUGUCUGAUGUGAGUCUCGGACCCACACCCAUCCCAGAGCUCACUCACAUCAUGAUCGGCCUAGAGAGCUGCUCCUUUCUGGAGGAUGACUUCAUCCCUUUUGCUGUCCUCAACAUGAUGAUGGGAGGAGGAGGAUCCUUCUCAGCAGGCGGUCCAGGAAAAGGCAUGUUUACGCGGCUCUAUCUAAACGUUCUCAACAGGCAUCACUGGAUGUACAAUGCUACAUCGUACCAUCACAGCUAUGAGGACAGUGGCCUCCUCUGUAUUCAUGCCAGCGCAGACCCACGACAGGUGCGAGAAAUGGUUGAGAUAAUCACAAGGGAGUUUAUCCAGAUGGCUGGGACAGCAGGAGAGAUGGAACUGGAAAGAGCAAAGACUCAGCUGAAAUCCAUGCUGAUGAUGAACCUGGAGUCCAGGCCUGUCAUCUUUGAGGAUGUCGGACGGCAGGUUCUGGCCACAGGCAAAAGAAAGCUGCCGCAUGAGCUGUGCCAACUCAUUAGUAAUGUUACAGCCAGUGACAUCAAAAGAGUUACCACCAAGAUGCUACGUAGCAAGCCAGCUGUUGCUGCUCUGGGGGACCUGACCGAACUGCCCUCCUAUGAGCACAUCCAGGCUGCUCUCUCCAGCAAAGACGGCCGUCUGCCUCGUAUGUACCGUCUCUUCCGGUAGGAGUUCAUCACUUGGCAGCGAUUAUACUUGCUUACACCAAGGACUGACCUACGGUACAACCCGUUAACUGGCACUGGAGUGCAGUGUGACGGUGGACACUGAAGUUGCAGUUGUGUCUCUGCUGUAUAGAGCUUAGUAUAGUGACCUUAAAACUACUCUUUAUCUGUGGGGAGAUGAGGCACUAGAAGCAAGUUUCAUUUUGCCCCCAAAGGACUUAUAUUGACUCAUUUUUUGCAUGGUUUUGCUUUAAAUCCAGUGUCCAAAUUUAAUGCAGUUUUGCAGUAUCAUGUCAGGGGACUAUAGACCCCUGAAGUCAUGUGUUGAAAAUCAAUGCUGUUGGGUUCUGUGGCAACCAAACAGAUUCCAAACCCGACACAUUGUGUUCUACGUACAUUUACCCACUGAAUGUCACUGGAUCUUCUGAAUUACAAGGUUGUUAAGAAGUCAAAACAUGAAUUUGCAUUACUGUGCACUUGACAUCAUAAGACUGGCAACCACACUAAAAUACCACUAACAAACCAGUAGAGCACAUCUGCAGUAGCUGGAGUUAUAAUUUAAGUGUUAAAAUAUAAUAAUAGAUUUACUUUCAAGCAACAUUAUUUCAAUGCACAGGAGUGGCAGCUUGCUAUUAGCAUGGAUGUAGCAGUGCUCAUAUUUUGUAUGAACGGAGAACAAAAUGCAUCGGGUUUAGAACCUUUUGCUUAACCUUAACGAUCUUAGGGGUUAAAACCAUGUAGCUUACCACAGGAUGCAAUAGCAGAAAUUUUCAAAAAUCCCAUUAAUGUUUGUCAUAGAAAAAUGACCCAGAGUUUUUUUUUAAUAUGGGAAUGAUGCUGAUUACAGAAAGCUACAUGACUUCAGUGGUCUAUAAGCUGUAAUUUUGAAAGACCUGGUUUGGAUACAUUAAUGUGAUGCAACAGGUUAAUCCAGUCUCCUGGCCAUGUGCUGAUAAAGAUACUGAUUUAGUGCAUUGAAUGUAUGUUGGAAAACAGUUUAAUUGAAGUGAAUUGGUUAAAGUGAUUCAGCCAACAUGUGCUUCUGAUACAGGCACUGCUAUAAAUACAUGAUCUUUCAAUAAUUUCAGUAAAUACUGUAAUGCAGGCUUUAAACAUUGUUUAUUUAAAGAUAUUUUAGUUAUCACACUUUUUAGUGUGUUGGUGUGAUUUCUCUAAAAAAACAAUGGCAACUCAAUGUUGACAUCAACUUCGGAUUUUUUUUAACUAAACUAUAUAUAAAAUGAUCAAUAUAACUUGUGUCUACCCUAAAAAAGAUUUAAAAACUCAGGUACUGGAAAAAGUGACCAUGCAGAAAUCUUUUUAGGAAGAAUAAACUAAGAACUUUUCAAACAAGUCUGUUAUGAGAAACAUAGAAAGACUAUCAUGCAGUCCGAAGAACUGACAAUUCAAUGUUGUUUCCCAGACUUUCAAGGUUGUAGUUGAUGUGUUUUUGCUAGGGUUGGGCGAUAUGGCAAAAAUAUACUACCAGCAUGCCCAGACAACCAUUUACAAACAUCUUUCCUAGAAAGUCUGAUGUGGAGUCAGUCUUACAGUCUUAUGUUCACAUCAGUGCAUAUAAUAAAAUAUAGAUCCCUCUCAUACUUCUUUUCAUCAUAGUUUUACAGUUUCUGUUAACUUCUCAAAUCUUAAUUAUGCUGUAACUCUUAUCAUGUGAAUUUCCACAGGUCUUUUUCUGUGUAAAGUGUCUUUGUUGUUUUUGUUCAUAAAUGUGGUUUACAUACAUGUUCAGUA